ACCUGCGGUUCCUGGACUAUGAGAUGGCCAACUCCAACGAGUGCAAGCGUAACUUCGUAGCGGUGUACGACGGCGGAAGCUCGGUGGAGGACCUGAAGAACAAGUUCUGCUCCACGGUCGCCAACGACAUCAUGCUGACCUCCACGCUGGGAGUCAUCCGCAUGUGGGCCGACGAGGCCAGCCGCAAGAGCCGCUUCCGCAUCCUGUUCACCACCUACCAGGAGCCCCCGUGUGUAGGAGACGCCUUCUUCUGCCACAGCAACAUGUGCAUCAACAACACCCUGGUGUGCAACGGCAUGCAGAACUGCGUGUACCCCUGGGACGAGAACCAGUGUAAAGAGAAGAGGAAAGCCAACCUGCUGGACAACCUGAACAACACCAACGGCACCAUCAUCGGGGUGACGUGCUGCGUGGUGCUGCUGCUGCUCGUUGUCUCGGUGGUGGUGCAGGUCAAGCAGCCGCGCAAGAAGUACGUGCUGCGGCGCGAGGACCUGGACCCCACCGUGUUCCAGGAGGUGUUCGAGCCGCCGCACUACGAGCUGUGCACGCUGCGCAGCGCGCACGCCGCCGCCUCCGCCGACCUGGUGGACCUGGCCGAGGACUUCGAGAACUACCACGCCAUGCGCCGCGCGUCCUCGCGCUGCGUCCACGACCACCACUGCGGCUCCUCGCCCAACCCCGGCGGGGGGUUCGGGAUGGCGGCCCACCACCACCUGUCGCAGCUGUCGCUGAGCGGGCGGGGCAGCCGCGGGAACUUGAACGCGCGGGACGCGGCCGCGGCCGCCGCCCUGCUGUCGGACCUGGGGCCCCCCCACCCCCAGCAGCAGCACCACCACCAGCACCUCCACCAGCAGCAGCAGCAGCAGCACCUGGGGCCCCUGGCGGUGAGGCCCCUGCUGCCGGCCCCCGGGAACCGGCGCAGCAUCCUGGUGAUGAAGCACAGCUACUCCCAGGAGGCGGCCGAGCACGGCGGCGGCGACGGCGAGGACGACCUGGACGAGGUGCCCACCACCAGCCACCGCCUGGCGCGCCACGAGAAGGCAGUGCAGCGGUUCUGCCUCAUUGGCUCACUGAGCAAACAUGAGUCAGAGUACAACACAACUAGGGUCUAACAGACAAUCUCAAGACUUCUUGAGAAUAGUGCAAUCCUGGAUCAAUACGAACGGGCGUCAAUGAAAUAUGAAAAUAUGGAGCGGAAAUUUGCACCAGCAUGAUUCUGAUGAUGGUGAUGAAGGGACACUGGCCAAAAGGAUAUUGCAAAUGAAUUAAAGAGCAAGGAUGUAUGACGAGAACUAGAUGAGAAACCUAGUGUUGUGUUAGGGGAAGGAGCAUAAACUCUAGAACGGAGCGAAUAUUGAAACAUGGACUUUAGUCAAUAACGUAGUUUAUAACGUGUGUAGUUGAUGGCAGAUUGUCAAAGCCAAACUUGAAAGCUAUGGAUAUUUUAAAAGGAAUUUGUUUAUAAAACAACAUUUGGGAUAACAAAUGUUAAGGUUGAUAACAGGAUUCAAUUGAUUAAACAGCUUUGGAUUAAUCGAGCAUGCAUUUCUUAAGUUUGUAGCGUACAUGAUUUGAAUGAGAUAUGAUUAUCACUUGCAUUUUGUCAAUUCUUUGGAAUAUGAUGUGUUUAAAUGGUAAUGACUUCAAAUAAAUACAGUUUAUCACUAACCUCAUUCAAAUGUAAAAUUUUUGGAAUAGCCAAAAAUGACAAUUUUAGUACAAUAAUACAAGACAUAAUUGUAGGACAUAUGCAUGCUUUUAAUAUAUUAUUUAAACCAUUAACAGACUAACAUUGAGAUGUGAUAGCAUCAACUACGGUAAUAGUUAUUUGACAAUAACUUAAGCUAAUUAAAAAUAUUCUGAUUUAAUUGAAUUGCAUGCUAUAUAUUAACAAAUAAAAAGCCAACAUACAUCAGACCACCCAUUUUUAUUUUAAACCCCCCUUCAAAAGCCUUAACUAUUGAAAUAUUGUUUUGCAUUGUGGUUAAGUUCAUACAACUACUAACCACUUCGAAGAUGACUUUUUUUUUUUAUUCAAACCGACUUUUUUACUUAGACAAAUUGAAAGACGGAUGAUUUUUUGGGAUAUCUUCUAAGAUGGAUUUUAUGAUGCUUUGUUAAAAAAAGACUAAAAUAAAAAUAUAUAUUAUAUAAAACUAAUAAAUAAAGUUUGCCCUUCCUUUUGUUUGUUUAUCCACUUCUUUUGAGAGGGUGUGGUACCUGCGUCACGUAUCGUUGUUUUCUGGAGCUAUUACCUCGCAAUCAAUCAUCAACGCUUGUUAUUCAUGCUAUCAGAUUUCAACCUCUGAGAGAAUUAGAUAUUGCUCAUAUAUCAAAAUGAAUGACCGGAUAUAAACUAAGAUUUAAUUGAUACUGCAAAGUUGGAAAAUUGGGGUCCUAAAGAGGAAAAUCCAAUUUCGACUAUUUUGAUAAUUGAAUAAUUUUGUAAUUAUUUUAUCAAGCAGUUUUUAUCAAAAGUUACCGUUACUUGCAAUAAUCGUGUAUAAUAAUUGUAAACAUACACACAUACACACACACACACACGCACACACACUCCACUUCACUCCACACUUCACUCUGAAGUAAGUUUCAUGAAACCUCUAUCUGUCUACCUCUAUUGAUUUGUUUGUUUACCUAUCUGUAGUAUCGAGAUGUAUAUACAAAUAUCUAUAGUUUAUAUCUAUCUAUAUUUUCUAUAUAGACAUAUGUCUAUAUAUCUAUAUGUCUAUCCAUUUAUAACUCUCGAUGUAUGUAUUUGUGUUUGUCUCUCUCCCUACACAAUAUACAUCACACAACAUUUCAAAUGUGUGCGUUGUUUGACAUAACUGACACCUUACUUUAUUAUUAUGUGUGCAGUAAACACGCAAACACACACCUCUCGAAUAUCCACUUAUACCAGCACCUCCUCGCUUAUUUUGACCUUUCAUUUUCACACAUGGCGAGGUUUAGAGUUGAAUGUUAACAACAGUGGCCACUGGGAGAGAUAGGACCUGGGUGCGACUGGAAGUAAUGGUGUUUUCAUCUC